GACGGUAGUAUACGUUCACAUCGAUCCAUCAAAAUUCACACGUUGUUAUCUGAUUGGCUGAUUGCAUUUUGCGGUCAUCCAAUCAAAUUUAUGCAUAUAUAAUGAGUCGGGAAAAAUAAGAAUAAAAUGAACUUGGGCACCCAUCAAUGAGUGAUUAAUUAUUGAGCCUUAAGGCAAGCUAGUACAACUAAACAUCUUUUAUAACAGUUUAUCUUGAGAUAUAUGAUUUUAAAACUUAAUAAAAAUGGCAUUUAUCAAUUCAUCCCCUGAAUGCAGAGGAAGUGAUUAUAAUUUUUUCGGUUUGGAAGAAGAACAAGGAUUUGAAGGAUUAAAUAUUGAACAAAUUGUGCCAGACUUGGAAAAUAUUGUGCCGACUUUAGAUGUGCAGACUUUAUACGAAAACAAUAAUUCGAAACUGCCGCUUUGUCAAAAGAAGGGAGAUAAAUGUGAUACUGAACAAAGGCGAACAUACAGUCCUAGAUUAAGUGAAGUUAUCGAGUACAUCUCAGAUCAGUGCACAGAUACAGAUAGCUCAUAUACAGAUGUAUUCCAAGAAAUAAAAGAAAACAGCUCGACAAAUAUUCAGGAUUUCAAAGAGACAGUCUCUGCUGUUGACGAGAAAGAAACUAUGUUUAAGAUUUAUUUGAAGAAGUUGAUGAAUCACAUUAAUUGUGGAGGUCAAAUAAAACUAUGGCAGUUUUUGUUGGAACUGCUUACCGAUGACGAAUGUGUUGAUUGUAUCCGAUGGGAAGGUACUGACGGUGAAUUCCGAAUGGUAGAUCCAGAUGCUGUUGCUAGGCGAUGGGGACAACGUAAAAACAAACCGACAAUGAGCUACGAUAACAUGAGCAGAGCAUUGAGAUUUUACUAUGAUAAAUUCAUAUUGAACAAAGUGUCCGGAAAACGUCAUACUUAUAGAUUUAACUUUGGUGCUAUCAUGCAGAUGAUGAAAUCAUCCUCUACUCAAGGUCAAACAGACUUCUAUGGUUUGAUCAACGCUUACGGUGCUUCACAAUCAAACAAAACAUUACAGUGCUUGCAGACGAGAACGUCUUUCGAACAGAAUCCAGUGUGUAACAGGACCGAAAAUGUUUUUGCAAUUAAAACUGAGCCUCAGGACAAUUAUAAAAGUUGUGCUUACAGUAAUGCAAUGGUGCUAAACAAUUUAUCGUAUCAAGAACAGGUAUUACCGUAUCAGUAUUUAUCAAACAAUUUCGAUUCGUAUCCAGAACUGCAAUAUGACGAUGUGUCAUCGUAUAAAAUAGACUUAGAACGGGAGAAAAUGUCUCAAUUGUACUGCCAACCACGAUACCAACCAUACCGCCGUCAACCCAACAACACAGCAAAUAGAGCAAGUAGUUAUAUCAACGAUGGCUACCUUAUUUGUUGACUUUCGAAGUUUUUUUUCUCCAUGAACAAUUUUCUUUACGGGAUCUUUAAUAUAAAAGUAUACAGCCAUGCUGUUUUAUAUAAUCAAGACUUUACAAAGUACGAUAGUAUGAGGUAAUGUGUGCUUUUUUGUGUUUGUGUUUGAAAGAGUGAAAUGAAAACUGUGUGAAACAAUUACCCCAGAUGCCAGUCAUCAUAUUGAAGACGGUCUUAGACCGUUGACUUACAUUUUUUUCUAUGCUUCAUUAUUUCUUCAUGAUUCAAGAAUAAUUGAACAGUUGCAAGUUAUCCCCUUCAUUAUUUGUUUUCAUGUUGGAUACCAAUUUUUAAGGUAUUUUUAAUUUUACCAUUUUGUUACCAUCGCUUAUUUAUAUCAUUUAAUGACAAUAUUUAUUUAUUCUAUUUUUGUUACUGUACAGAAUUUGUAGUAAUUUAUUUUGUUGGACCGGGCGCUGGUCGUCAUUUUAUGGUUCAUUAGUUUGAGAAAUCCUCUGUAUAUUUUUAUAAAUAUUUUCUUAUUGUGGUCUGUGACCAGCUUGUAACAAGAGAAAAAUAAAAUAUGAAAAGAA